AAUCACUGACCUGAGGUUCAGCUGCUCCAGGUCUGAACAUUCUGAGGACUCACGUCUGAUGAGCUAAAAUGGCUGCGCUUUUUGGGAUGAACUCCCUCAACGAACAACUGGCUCAUAUUUUUACUGAGGAUUCAGAAAAUGACCAGACAUUUCACGGAUUUUCUGAAGCUGAACUAAGCGACAGUGACAAUAAUGAGACUUUAGAUUCAGAAAAUGAAGAGAAAUGGUCUGAUGACAGAACUACCAAACAGAAAGGCACAUGCACACCUCCGCAACCUGCACCACCUGCACCACCUGCACAACCUGCACCACCUCCACAACCUGCCCGGCCUUUCCAGCUCAGAGUGGUCCUGCGCGCCGCUGGUUUAAACUCUCACUCAUCUGAUGAAGAAGAUGCAAACGUUCAAACAAAGAAAAUCACAAAAAAACAUCUGAAGAUCCAAAAGGAGAAACACGUCACAUUUGAAGAAAAGGAAAAAACAGAGAUGCACUUUUCUCCUCAAAAAAGUGAAGCUGAUGAUGAAGAGGAGUCAUUUUUGGAUAAACGAGAACAAAACAUCAAAGCCAACAAAGCAAUGCUUGCCCAGUUGAUGUCAGAUCUGCAGAAGAUGCCUGGAGGUGCUGGAUUUCUGAAAAACCAAGCGAGCAAACAAGGGAAAAAGAAAAGCCCGCAUCCUCCACGUUCUGGAGGUGACCUGAGGAAAAACCCCGAGCGUGCGUCCCGUCGGCAAACUCGGUCCAUGGGAGGAAGUGAGGAAGUGAAGAAAACUGAAGACGAGGAAGAACUGGAGCUCACUUUGGAGGAUGAAUUACUGGAGGUCAGAAGAGCUCCACAGCGACGUGGGACCCCCCGACCUAAUCAGACCAAACCUCAUGUGGUCCGUCCAGUUGAAGAUAUCACAGAGGAAGAACUGGAGCUGGUGGCAGACAACAUGACUGAGAAGGUUUACAACAAAGUGUCGGGCUCUACGUGUCAUCAGUGCAGACAGAAGACCAUAGACACAAAAACAUGCUGCCGUAAUGAAGGCUGCAGAGGGAUUCAAGGACAGUUUUGUGGACCCUGUUUGAGGAACCGUUAUGGAGAAGACGUGAAGAAGGCUCUGCUCAACCGCGAGUGGCAGUGUCCCCCGUGCCGAGGUAUUUGUAACUGCAGCUUCUGUCGCCAGCGUGAGGGUCGCUGUCCAACGGGGAUCCUCUUUCCUCUGGCUCAGUAUCAUGGAUUCUCUGAUGUGCAUUCAUAUUUAACAAGCCUUCGAAACAAAGUGAAAAAUGAGGAAGAAAUGUGAAUUCAACAAGCAGCAAUGAGUAUUAUUGUAAAGUGAUUUUAACAAAUAAAGUUUAAUUCUGUUGUAG